CGCGCAGACCACAGUAGAAACUUCCCGACCAGCCCCCAACCUACCCACCUCCUUCCACCGAAGGCAGCCGUGGCGGACGAGCGAGUGAUGGCGGUAGACGGAGCGAGGGAGCCCGCGGCGCCGUGACUGGCCGCCGAUGGAUCCACCUCCUUCCAAUCUCUGAUUCCCCACACCCGUCGACAUACUUCUCCUCGUUUUCUCCCGACCAAGAGCGCUGGCGACCUUGCUCUUCUUCCUCCUCCAGACCAAAUGUGUCACCGAUCCCGCUCCUCUUCCUCCUCCUGGCACGCGCGCCGCCAUCCCCGCAUCUCCUUCCUCCUCCUGGCACGUGCGCUACCAUCCCCGCACCUCCUUCCUCCUCCUGGCACCUGUGCUUCCUUCCUCCUCCUAGCACCCGUGCCGCCGCCCCCGCACCUCCUUCCUCCUCCUAGCACGCGCGCCGCCGCCGCACCUCCUUACUCCUCCUGCCAUGCGCGCCGCUGCCCCGACCUUCCCUGCCGCACUCUCCUCCCAGGCUCCUACCGCCGCCCCGACCACAUCUCCACCAGCUCCGGCCACCGCCGCGCCCCCAUCUCCCCCAGCUCCCACACCGUGCAUCUCGUCCUAGUGGGGCUCCAUAACCACAGUACCGGACCACCCCAGGCCAUUCAACGCCACCAACCCGGUCCGUUCAUUGCAGCAACACUCAGGAUCUGGCUACCACCAUGUCGUUCCCACGGUGACGUUCGAUGGAGCACCUCGUCUCUCUCCUGCUGCAGGGAGGCCCAGCUACUGCACUGUGGAGUGAGCUGUAAAAAAUAAAAUUGUGGCAAAUUAGAUAAAGAUUAAACAUCCCCCGGAGCACAUCGUCGGUGUCCAUGAGCGGGGCUCCCGUGGAUGGCUGGAUCCCGUCGUCGGCGUCGAUAGCGUCCACGAGCGCGAGCACCCCACAUCCGGCGUCGCGGCCUCUUCCUUCUGUAGGUCACCGCCUCCUGCUUCUGCAGGCCGUGCCCCAUCCCCCGAUUCCCGCAGCAGACAGGCCGUUCACCGCCGGCACCACAGUCCGUUCACUGCCGACAACCGAGGCCGUUCAACGGUGCAAUGACGAGUAUGAGAAGAUUUGUAGAUGCACAACAGAGUUUGCAGACUGCCAUGUUAAACAAUGUCAACAGGCAACAAGCAGCAAGGGAAAAAGAAGAGCAAGAUUGACAUCAGUAGUAAAAAAUAAUAGAACAUCAGUUCUAAAAUUCCCCGCGCAUCAGUACACCUAUGUAUUGCUUCUGCGAUUUUCAAAUAUGGUUACAGUUGUUGCUUCGAUUUUGCUGUUGAUGUACAUAGUUUGUGAUGAGAAGAUUUUGUAAUUCAUUUUGCCGAUGGAAUGAAUUACUAAAAGUUCAAAUUUGCUAAUUU